AUGGCGAAGAGAGGGAGAAUGGUGAAGUGCUCGGCGGAAGGAAACGGCAGCGGGUGGGAGAAGAAGGGGAUGAUGAGCGCUUCGCUGAUGGCGGCGGUGGCCGCAGCAGCUGCGUCGAGCCCAGCGGCGAUGGCUCUGGUGGACGAGAGGAUGAGCACUGAAGGAACUGGGCUGCCCUUUGGGCUGAGCAACAACCUCCUCGGGUGGAUCCUAUUGGGAGUCUUCGGGCUCAUCUGGACCCUCUACACCGUCUACACCUCCGGUCUAGACGAGGACGAAGAGUCCGGCUUGUCCCUCUAA